UAUUCCGGCGCUGUGUUUUCGGUUCAAAUGGGACGUGCAGUCACGUCUCCGCCCUGAUCUGUCCCCGCGCGCCCAGCCUCUUCCGAGCGAAUUUAAUCGGUGAAAUGCUGAUUAUUUUUUUUUUUUUACGGAGAGGGGGGAGCGGAGGAGACUCCGACGAGGAAAGGAAGCCAAGAAGUGAAUGACUACUAGUGGAAUAAGUCAGCUACACCGCCCUGUUGGUGGACAUGUACCGCGGCGGGCACGCUUUUUACGGCUUUUAAAUGUAGAGGCUGGAGGUGUAACCAAGUGCGCACUGUUAUUUAUUUCGAGCGGGGGGACUUUUCAUUGGCAGAGAUGGAAAGCGUGCAGGCUGUCGCCGAGGACGGCGCGUCGGAUGGAGGCGCGACCAAGUUGAUGAAGAAGCCCAGCGGACUGUCUGUCGCCCGGGGGACUCCGGCGGAUGAUGGCGGUGGACACUCGGCACCCUCCCGCGUCGAGGGGAAGAACGGGAACAGCCUCCCCCAGCCCGCCUCUGCGAGUGCGUCAAAACGAGCUGUGGCGUCUAAUGGCCGGGGCUCGUCCAGCAACUCCAGCUCCCUCCUGUUGAGACGGAGGCGCUUGAAGAGGAACCUCUCCGCCGCAGCUGCGGCCACCGCCGCCUGCGGCGCCAAGAUGAACUCGGCCCUGUCCUCUGCGUCUCUCCACACCCGGAGCCUGGACAGAAAGACCCUGCUGAAGCACCGGCAGAACAUGCAGCUGCAGCCCGCGGAUCGCGAGUGGGUGAGAGCGGAUCUCCACCGGGGCUCCGUGCACGUCCACGAGAGACUGACGCCCUCGUAUCCCAGGCCGGUUCUUUGCACUAUGGACACCACGGCCGGCGAGGUGGCGCUCCGACUGAGCAAACUCUGCAGCAAGUCGAGCUCGGUCGUGCGCAUUUUUUGUAAAGACAACCCCAAGACUGACCAAAAUGGCAACUGCAAUGUGAAGUACGAGUACAGCGAUAACCCGUGCAAGGUGAACGAGGACUCGAGUGUGAAACGGAACCACCUGACCCCCCUGGAGUCCGCAGAACUCAGGGGCCACCCGAGUGACAGGCUGAGGCUGCUGCUCAUGGAGGAUGCGGACGAGAGGCGAAAGCAACAGGACGCGGAUGGGAAACUUUUCACCCCGGAAUCGGAGUCGCAGGACAACAUCGCCUGUUCGCUGUCCGAUUUGAACUCAAACUCUAACAUGGACACCCCCGACGGCGACGACUCGGAGCACAGGAACUGCCUGGACAGCUACGGGUUGAACUCCGGCUCGGAUGUGGAGAGCAGUGCGUUCGAUGACCUGAGCUCCGGGGGGGCCCGGCUCAGCGAGCACAGGGACUCCCUGAGCGAUGACAUGGUCCUGGGCACGGAGGCGUCCAUCCUCAGCCCCUCGUUCGACAGUGCCACAGAGGGCCACGACACGUACGGCAGCUCCUCGGACGAGCUGGACCUCGACGGUCCGGCGUCGAGCGCCAGCAUGGAGCCCAUCACGCAACGCCACGCCAACGGGAUCAAACAGCGCGGCGUCGGGCAUUUGAACAACAUGACGACCAACGUGAGGCCAGAGUGCAGACUCGGCCCACGCGGUCUGGGCAGCCUGCCAGCCAGCAGCAGCGCCGGCUCUUUGUCAAGAGCCUGUUCUACAGGUAAUGCACCUGAUAGCCAAGAUCCGGACUGUGGCCGAGGCGCUGCGAAAUCCGGGCAGACCGCAGGCCACAAUGGGGAUCCCUGCGAUGCCAGCCCCAUGCUGUAUGUGCAGAUGCAUGGCGAGGCUGUCAGGAGGCUUAGCCCAGAUGAGAGGCCUCUGCAGAUCCAGAAUGACUUUCUCUUUAAGCUCGGAUUUAAGGACCCGUGGAGAGUUCAAGAGGAAGGGCUUAACACGGAGAUUGGCUCCUUGUUACGCUUCUAUGCAGGGAAGCCCCAGAGCAUCGAGAGCUCAGAGCGGGUCCAGCUGUCGGGGACGUACAACGUCCGGAAAGGGAAGCUCCAGCUGCCGGUGAACCGCUGGACCAGACGGCAGGUCAUCCUGUGCGGCACCUGCCUCAUCGUCUCCUCUGUCAAGGAGAGCCAGACGGGGAAGAUGCACAUCCUGCCGCUCAUUGGAGGAAAAGUGGAGGAGGUGAAGAAGCACAACCACUGUUUGGCCUUCAGCUCGGCGGGGCCUCAGAGUCAAACCUACUACGUCAGCUUCGACAGCUUCACGGAGCACCUGCGCUGGCACCGACACGCUGCCAAGAUGGUGUCCCAGAGGAUCAACUCGGUAGAUCUGUCCUGCUGCAGCCUGGAGCAACUUCCCCCCAACCUCUUCUACAGCCACGACCUCACCCACCUCAACCUCAAACACAACUUCCUGCCCGCAGACCAGCGGCUGCAGCAGCUGCAGAGGUUUUCUCGUCUGCGAAGCCUCAACCUGUCCAACAACCACAUCGGUCAGUUCCCUUUGGCAAUCUGUGACAUCCCCACGCUGACGGAGGUCAACCUCAGCUGCAAUUACCUAACGUGUGUCCCGAGCUCUGUGGGAGCCAUGACCAAUUUGCAGACGUUCCUGUUGGAUGGCAACAGUCUGGAGGAGCUGCCCGUUGAGCUGGGCUCCCUCCAGAGGCUCAGCUACUUGGGCCUCUCCUUCAACCAGUUCAGUCACGUGCCACAGGUGCUGGAGCAGUUAGCCUCCAUGGAGAAGCUGUGCAUGGCUGGAAACAGCCUCGACACGCUCACCCUGCAGAAUUUCCGGCUGCUCCGCGUGAAACACAUCGACCUGAGGUUGAAUAAGAUCUCCAGCAUGGUGCCAGAUGAGCCCGACCUGCUGAGGCACGUGACCCAGCUGGACGUGAGGGACAACCGGCUGACGGAGCUGGACGCCUCGGUCUUCCCCAGACUAGAGGUGCUUCACUGCGAGAGGAACCGCAUCGUCUCCCUCAAGGCCAAGGGCGGCUUGCUCAAAGGCAUCUAUGCCUCCAACAACGAGCUCCGGCAGCUGGAUGUGAGUCCUGUGCCCUCCAAUCUUAGUUACAUGGACGUCUCGAGGAACCGCAUGGAGUCCUUGCCAGACUGGCUGUGGGAAGCUAAGAAACUGGAAGUUCUGGACAUGAGCCACAACCUCAUCACUGAGCUCCCGGCGCGGUUGUUUUGCAGCAACAGUCUGAGGAAGCUGAGUGCAGGACAUAACCAGUUGCAGAGGCUUCCUGAAAGAGUGGAGCGCCCUCUGUUGGAGGUUUUGGACAUACAGCACAAUCAACUGGUGGAGCUGCCCUGCAACCUGUUCCUCAAAUCUGACAGCUUACGGUGCGUAAAUGCAUCAGCCAAUAAGCUGGAGCACCUGCCGCCAUCCAGCCUAUCAGAGGAGAGCCACAGCAUCCUGCAGGAACUCUACCUGACCAAUAACCGGCUGACGGAUAAGUGUGUUCCCCUGCUGACGGGCCACACACACCUUCGUGUUCUGCACAUGGCCUACAACCAUCUCCAGACCUUUCCGGCCAGUAAAAUGGCCAAGCUGGAGGAGCUGGAGGAGGUGGACCUGAGCGGAAACAUGCUGAAGACUGUGCCCACCACCAUCAUGAAUUGCCGGCGGAUGCACACACUCAUCGCCCACUCCAACGCCAUCGAGGUCUUCCCUGAGGUCAUGCAGCUGAUGGAGAUGAAAUGUGUGGAUCUGAGCUGUAAUGAGCUGAGUGAGAUCACACUUCCAGAGAAUCUGCCCCCCAAGCUUCAGGAGCUGGAUCUGACUGGAAACCCUCGUCUCAACCUGGACCACAAGACCCUCGAGCAGCUCAAUAAUAUCCGCUGCUUCCGUAUUGAUCCGCCUCCAACCUUCUCGUCCAACGAGGCAUCUGGUGGGCCUGCUGUGUGGAGUCACGGGUACACGGAGGCCUCGGGCGUCAAGAAUAAACUGUGUGUCGCAGCUCUUACGGUCAACAGUUUCUGCGGGAGUCGCGAGGCUCUGUACGGCGUGUUCGACGGGGACAGGAACGUGGAGGUGCCCUACUUGUUGCAGUGCACGAUGAACGACGUGUUGGCCGAGGAGCUGCACAAGACCAAGAGCGAGGAGGACUACAUGACCAACACGUUCCUCGUCAUGCAGAGAAAACUGGGAACCGCGGGGCAGAAACUGGGUGGCUCAGCGGUUCUGUGCCACCUUCGCCAUGACCCCACCGACCCCGGCGGCUGCUUCACGCUCACGGCGGCGAACGUGGGCAAGUGCAAGGCCAUCCUGUGCCGCGAUGGAAAGCCUCUAUCGCUGUCGCUGCUUCAAAAUGUGGGACUCGAGGAGGAAUACCGCAGGAUCAGGCAGCACAGGGCCAUCGUCACCGAGGACAACAAGGUGAAUGGCGUGACGGAUUCUACACGGAUUAUGGGCUACUCCUUCCUCUACCCGUCCGUCAUCCCUUGCCCCUACGUGCAGACAGUCACUCUCACCCCCCAGGACGAGUUCUUCAUUUUGGGAAGCCGGGGCCUGUGGGAUGCCGUGUCUCCCACCGAGGCUGUGGAGGCAGUGCGGAACGUCCCCGACGGCCUGGCCGCCGCUAAGAAGCUGUGCACGCUGGCGCAGGGCUACGGCUGCACGGACAGCCUCAGCGCUGUUGUGGUGCAGCUCAGCGUGAGUGAAGACUGCUGCUCCUGCUGCUGUUCCGAGCCUCCCCAGCCGCCUCCCAGCCCCGGCUUGGGCCCCUACCCCCCGUCGUCCUCCGCCAUCAAGGAGCGGCCCUCGGAUGGCUCCCUCCCUGUGCCGCCUUCCUCCUGCAGUGAGAUCAGCAGUGAGAUCAGCACCAGCGAGAUGAGCAGCGAGGUGGGCUCCACGGCCUCGUCCGACGAGCCACCGCAGAGCUCCUUGGUGCUGCUGCAUGAGCAGGCCCACCACCCACACCUCCACCUGCACCAGCAGCCCCACUCGCUGUCCCUACAGCACCAGCAGGCGCACACAACCACCCAGCCCUGCCAGUACCUGUUCCCAGGUUCAGAGCUGCCCUCUGCCCGCAGCUGCUGUGCCCUCCAUCCUGCCUGCUUAGCAGGCUCCUUCCAGAGGCAGCUGUCUAGUGCCACCUUCUCCAGCGCCCUGUCCGACAACGGGCUGGACAGCGAGGACGAGGAGCCCAUCGCUGGUGUUUUCUCUAAUGGGAGCCGUGUGGAAGUAGAGGCGGACGUCCACUGCCUCAAAGCAGAGUCCUCCUCGUCCUCCUCGUCACCCCAAACAUCGUUACCCUCAUCUUCCAGCCAGGAGCAAACCAUGCUGACUCUCCCGCCACCCCCUCCUCCGCCGUGCACCCCAGAGCCCCUGGAGGAAGGGAUCGACAUGAGCCCCGGUGAGGCUGAGAACGGGCUGGAGAGAGACGAGUCUUGGCAGGCAGUCGGAGCAGGAGGUGGGGACGGGGAGAAGUUCGCAGGCAAGAGGAGGGUUAACGGGUCGGUGGCACGCCAGGAAAAGAGUCACAACCUUAUUGAGGUGGCGGCUGACGCCCCCUCCAAGAAGUCCGGGGGCUACUUCACCGCUCCGGCCCAGCCCGACCCAGAUGACCAGUUCAUCAUCCCACCUGAGCUGGAGGAGGAGGUGAAGGAAAUAAUGAAGCAGCAUCAGCAGAAACAGCAGAAGCCGCCUGGGACCGAUCAGCCGACAGACUACUACGACACCCCUCUCUGAACACCACCGCCACCUACAGCCUCAUCUCCCUCCCGGCUGCAGCAUGCACUGAAGCCCGACUGGACCGUCGAGCUCACCGGUUUGAUUUUUUUCCGUACAUGGACACAAACAGACGAGUGUCCUUAAGAGGCUGGACAACGCACAUGAAGAAAAGUUGGAUCAUACUUUUUCUAAACGGCCUUCCCGGGCUCCACACAGCCUCAUCAUAGAAGAACCGUGCACUGUCACGUGAUCCACUCAUUUCUACCCAAGCAACUCGUAGAGUAAGAGAAGCAAAUGAGCCCUUUAAUGACACUCGACCCUCUUAGGCUGUGGACACGGUGUCCAUGGUUGUGCCCUUCUCACUGACUGGAGCGUUGUUUUUACGUUAGACAACCAGCUGUGUAUGUAAUCAACACUAGUCUCUUUGCAAUAGCAUUAGCUCGCCACAACACUUGUUAACAUGGAUAACAACUCCAUGGUUUGUUUGUUUGUUUUGUAAGAACUUACCAUAUCUUUUAAUGUGAAAGCAGUGAAGUUGCUGAAAGAACUUUUUAAAACAGGGACUCGUAAUCUUUUUAUUAUCAGUGAACUAUGUCGAAUGGUACACCAGGAAUACCACACGUAACUGUUUUAGAUAGGGCACUUAAACUACUGUAUUUCUUCAGUAAAUCAUGACUCUUGGCCUGUAAAAUGGCAUAGAAAUUUUUGUAGAAAUUUUAAAUACUAACUCCUAGGAGUUGCAUACUCUUUAUGGUGACUCAGUCACUUUUACUAAUCUUCUCUGAGAGAAAAGGUGAUUUUUUUUUUUUUUUUUUUCAAUGAUUGUAAAUAAGAGAAAUAUUGUAUACUGAUGCUUUUAAAGGAACUACGUACCUGUAUGUCGGUGAAGGUUUUAAUGGUGAGGAGGACGUGAGAUUCACCCAGAGUUUGCUGUUAUGGAGGUGUCACACACCCCCACCCCCUUUAUCUUACAACAUUGACACACACACACACACACACGUAGAAAUGUAUUUGUGCAAUUACAGGUCAGAAACCCCAACAUGCAAUAUACCUACACAAAGUUGCCAUGGUUUGCUCCACUUUGUUUGAUUGUGAUGUCUUGUAGUCAUCACUGUAUCUAAUGAACACUAAUAGACAGAUCUUUGCAUGCACACUUGCAUGCACGCACAUACAUACACACAAACACACGGACACACACGCAUAAUAUUAGUCCCACCUCCCUCCUACAGUAACUGUUAUCACCGGCAUGACUGUGUCAAGUUCAGUAAUACAAACAAAUAUAUCCACAUGGAAAAGAGACAACACAGAUGUUCCUGUCUUUGGUAUAAUAAAUUUUAAAUUUGUGAAUAUAAGUCA